AACCUCCAGGGCUGUAUUCUUACAGGUAGGCCCCUUCCAACUGAACAAAGAGCAGGAGUCAGUUCCAGGAAGGGAAACACCUCCUUGCUGCUGCAGGCGGGGCAUAGUGUGAACUCAGGAAUUUUAAACAAAGCCUGUUACAAACUGCCCAGAGGGAGCCAUGGCUGCAGAGAACCCCGUGGAAAGUCUCCAGAAGGAAGCGACAUGUCCCGUCUGUCUGGAGUAUUUCACAGAACCUGUCAUCCUGGAGUGUGGGCACAAUUUCUGCCGAGCCUGCGUCAGCCAGUGCUGGGAGGGAUCCGAUACAGCUGCCUCCUGCCCUCAGUGCAGACAAACUGUGCAACAGAGAAACCUCCGGCCCAACAGGCAGCUGGCAAACAUGGUAGAAAUCGCCAAGCGACUGAGUUUACAGGCAGCAAAGGGAAGCGGAGGGGACGGGGUUUGUGGGAAACACCAGGAGGCCCUGAAACUGUUCUGUGAAGAGGAUCAAACCCCCAUCUGUGUGCUCUGCAGAGAGUCCCGGGCUCACCGCUCUCACACGGUGGUUCCCAUCCAGGAGGCUGCCCAAGAGUACAAGGAAAAAAUCCAGACCCAACUGAACACUCUGAGGGCAGAGCGAGAAAAGCUGCUGGGAUUGAAAGUGACCGGAGAGGGGGAAAGCCAGGAGUAUCUGAAACAAACACAAACCGAGAGGCAGAAGGUUGUGUCUGAAUUUCAGCAACUGCGGCAGUUCCUGGAGGAACAAGAGCGACUCCUGCUGGCCCAGCUGAAGAAGCUGGACGAGGAGAUUGUGAGGAUCCAGAAUGAAAAUGUCAGUAAACUCUCCGAGCAGAUUUCCCAUCUCAGUGAGCUGAUCAGUGAGCUGGAGGAGAAGUGUCAGAAGCCAGCCAAUGAAUUCCUGCAGAAUGUCAGAAGCACCUUGAGCAGGUGUAAGAAGAGGAAGUUGCAGCAGCCAGAGGAGAUUUCUCCUGAACUGGAAGAACAAGUCAGUGGUUUCUCCCAGAAAACUAUUGCGCUACUGGAGGCUCUGAGGAAGUUCAAAGACACUCUGCCGUCUGCACUGGAGAGAAAAAGAGGGGAACCACUCGGAGCGCACAGACAGGUGAAUGUGACUCUGGAUCCAGACACGGCUCAUCCCAACCUCGUCCUGUCUGAGGAUCGGAAAAGUGUGAGAUGGGGAGACACAUGGCAGCGACUGCCCAACAACCCUGAGAGAUUUGACCCUUGGACCUGUGUGCUGGGCUGUGAGGGAUUCACCUCGGGGAGACAUUGCUGGAAGGUGGAGGUGGGGGCUGGGCGAUACUGGGCUGUGGGGGUGGCCAGAGAGUCUGUGAGGAGGAAGGGAGAGAUCAGCCUCAGCCCUGAGGGGGGGAUCUGGGCUGUGGAACGAUGGGGGGAUCAGUUCCAGGCUCUCACCUCCCCUGAGACCCCCCUGCCCCUGAGCCGGUUCCCCAGCAGGAUGCGGGUUUGUCUGGACUGUGACCGGGGGCAGGUGACAUUUAUCGAUGCUCGUGACGAGGCCCCGAUCUUCACUUUCCCGCCUGGCUCCGUCCCAGGGGGGAGAAUCCGACCCUGGCUCUGGGUGGGGGGAUCCCGGCUCAGACUGUGUCCCUAAUACACGCAGGG